AUGCCAAAUGUAUAUUUACCUCAAAUUUUAUGGCAUAGUAAAGAUAACAAAAGAAGCGAUAGAAUUUACUCAAUAGAUAUACAACCAUACCCAAAUUAUUACAGUGUAAAAAAAUUACGUAAGAAAUAUGAAUCUUUUAAAAAAUUUUUAAAAGAAAAAGAAAAAUAUGAUUUGAGUUGUUCUGAAAAAAAUGAAGAAAAAAAAAAUAUUAAUAUACCUUCUAAUAAUAUAAAUUCAUUAAAAGUAGAUAAUGAUAUAGAUUACAUUAAUAAUAAUUGUAUUAAUAAUGAUAAGGAAAACAUCACAAAUGCGAAUACAAUUAGCAAUGAUUCGUUAGUUACUUUAAAGAAUAAUAAAAGUGUAAAUGAAUUAAUAAAAGAUGAUUAUAAUAAAGAAACUAAUUUAGUAAGUGAAAAUAAUGUUCAUAGUAUAGCUAAUAAAAAAAAAGGGAUAAAAUUUAAUAUAGCAACAUGUGGUGCGGAUGAAUUUGUACACUUAUGGAGAGUUUAUAUAAAGGAAGAUUUAUCAAUAAAAUGUUUAAGUAGAUUUAUAGGACAUAAUGGAGAAAUAAACUGUGUUCGUUUUAAUAAAAAUGGUAGAUAUUUAGCUAGUGGUGGUGAAGAUAAAUUUUUAUAUAUAUGGGAAAAAAGUAAAAAACCUAGAAACAUUCCUUUAGGUUAUGACAUGAGUUUUUUAGAUUAUAAAGAAUGGUGGACAAGAGUAGGAUCAUAUAGAUGUAGUGGAGUCAUAAACAGCAUCAUAUGGUCAAAUAAUGAUACUUUAUAUAUAGGAAAUGAAGAUAAUAAUAUCAACAUUAUUGAUUUUGUUAAAAAUACUAAUUGCAAAAUAAAAGUUUUAGAGGGUCAUACAGGAAUGAUUCAAGGUAUAUCAAUAGAUGCCAAUAAUGAAUUUUUAGCUUCUUUAAGUGCUGAUCAAACACUUAAAAUUUGGAAAAAAAAAAUAGAUGGCAAGUCUUGGAAACUUGAAAACUCCAUCAAAAAUAUAAAAAGAGAUGAACUUGAAAAACGAAAUGCAGGUUAUAUUUCAGAUGAAGAAUAUGAAGACAAUGAAAAAUAUAUCGAAAAAAAUGAGAAUAAUAUUUAUAGAAAAGAGGGGAUAAAAGAAAUAGAAAAAUCACAAAAUGAAAACGAUGAAUUAUUAGAACAAGAAACACAAGAAAAAAAAAAGAAUUGGAAUGAUGAAGAACAAGAGAAACAGAAAAAAGAAGAACAGCAAAAUGAUCAAGAAAAACAAGGAGAAAAUGAAGGAACAGGAGUACAAGAACAGGAACAGGAGGAAGAAGAAGAAGAAGAAAAAAAGUUAAAAAGAUGUUUGUUUUCAAGUGAAGAAAUGUUACCAUCUUUUUUCAGACGUAUAGACUUUUCUCCAAACGGUGAAUUUUUGGUUGCCCCUAGUGGUAUUCAGUUUGAACAAGUUGAAAAAGUUGAUGAAAAAAAUAUUAAGCCAGAGGAAAAUACAAAACCUAAUUAUCAAAUAAAAGCGUACAGCUGUUUUUAUAUAUAUCAUAAAAAUUUGUUUAUUAAAUAUAAUAUUCCAUUUUUUACAAUUUUUUCUCAAACAAGUCAUUUUUUAGUAGCAAAAUUUAAUUAUAAUACAUUUAAAUUAAGAACACAUCAAAAUAUUCUUAAUAAAUGCUACAAGCAUUUAUUGAAUAGUGAAGAUGAUAUAAAUCGAGAAAUUCAUUCUAAUAAAAAAAGAAAAAUAUUUGAUGAAACAAUGUUUUUUAAUGAAUUAAAAAAUAAUGAAAAUAUAAUAAAAUUAAAUUAUGAAAAAACUAUGUUAUUUAACGAUACUGAUAUACAAGACGAUGUAAGUCAAAAUGUUAGUAGCACAAUAACAGACAGCGAUAUAGAAUAUAACUACGAAAAACAUUCAUAUGGGCUUUCUCCAAAAGAAUAUAUCUUAUCUAAUAACUUAGAUGAAUUUGUAGAAAUUGAAAAUAAAGGUUCUAACAAUUUUUGUGAAAAUUAUGAUGAAAAAGAAGAGAAAAAGGAAAAAGAGGAAGAAAAUGAAGAAGAAGAUGAAGAAGAAGAAGAAGAAGAAGAAGAAGAUGAAGAUGAAGAUGAAGAUGAGGCUGAAGAAGAAGAUGACGAUGAAGAUGAAGAAAAUGAAAAAAAAGAAAAUGAAAAGAAAAAUGAAGAAAAAGAAGAAGAAAAAAGAAAAAAUGAAAAAGGAAAUGAAGAGGAAAAACAUGAUUCAAAAAACAUGUGUAAUAAAAAUGAAAUAGAAAUAAAAAAUAGAGAAAAAUUAAAUACAGAUGAGCAUAAACUAAAAAACGAAAUUAAAAAAGAAGAUACAGUUAAAACCAAAAAUUAUUUAAAUAAUAAUCAUAAUGAUAAUAACUAUUAUGAAGAAAAAGCAAAUAAUAUAGAUAUUCCAUGCGAAAUUAAAGAUAAGAAAGAAGAAAGGUUUAUAUAUACAUUAGGAACUUUUGACGGUAGUGUGUAUUUUUAUGAUAGUGAAAUUCUAGAUACACCAAUUAGUAUAGUAAAAAAUAUGCAUUUAUGUCCAAUUACGGAUAUUUCUUGGAAUAAUUUGGGGAACAUAUGUGCUUGUUCUAGUUCAGACGGUUAUGUUAGCUUUUACUAUUUCGAUAAAAAUGAAUUAGGGAAUAUUAAAUCAUAUAAAAAUUAUUAUUUUGAUAAAAAAUGUAAUGAUUUAAUAUUUGAUCAAGAUUAUUUUGAAAAUAUUUUCUAUGAUGAAGUCGAAUUUUUAAAUAAAAAUGGAUCAAAUGAUUAUACAUCUAGUGAAGAUGAUUAUGAUGAAGAUGAGUUAUCUCUAAAUAAAGAAGAAACAAAAGUUAAAAGAUUUAAUUUAAUAGUAGGCAAUGCUGCAAAUUUUGUCUUAGAACAAAAUACAAAAAAAUAA